CCUCUGCCGCCGCUCCCUCCCAGGGCUCCGCGGUUGGAUCAGUCCUCUGGCAUUUCCUGCAGCCGGGCCGCGCCGCCAGCUGAGCUCCGCGCGCCCGGCCCGCCGGCACCGAGUCGCGGCACGAAGCCUCCCAGCGCCCAGGCCAUGAAGGAGGAGGCCUUUCUCCGCCGCCGCUUUUCACUGUGUCCGCCUUCCGCCACCCCCCAGAAAGUCGACCCCCGGAAACUCAGCCGGAACCUGCUCUUCGGUGGAGAGAAUGAGCUCUACCCCCUCAGCCCAGGGAAGGACACAGAGCCCAAUGGCCCAUCGCUGCCGAGGGAUGAAGGGCCCCCGACGCCAGGCUCUGCCACAAAGGGGCCACCGGCAGAAUACAGGCUGUACAAUGGGUCCGACAAGGAAUGUAUGUCCCCAACAGCCAAGGUCACCAAGAAGGAAGCUCUCAAGGCACAGAAAGAGAACUACCGGCAGGAGAAGAAGCGAGCGACGAAGCAGCUGUUCAGCGCCCUGACGGACCCCAGCGUGGUCAUCAUGGCUGACAGCCUCAAGAUCCGGGGAACCCUGAAGAGCUGGACCAAACUGUGGUGCGUGCUGAAGCCGGGGGUACUGCUCAUCUACAAGACGCCCAAGGUGGGCCAGUGGGUGGGCACGGUCCUGCUGCACUGCUGUGAGCUCAUCGAGCGGCCCUCCAAGAAGGACGGCUUCUGCUUCAAGCUCUUCCACCCGCUGGACCAGUCCGUCUGGGCCGUGAAGGGCCCCAAGGGCGAGAGUGUGGGCUCCAUCACGCAGCCCCUCCCCAGCAGCUACCUGAUCUUCAGGGCCGCCUCUGAGUCGGACGGCCGCUGCUGGCUGGACGCCCUGGAGCUGGCCCUGCGAUGCUCCAGCCUCCUGCGACUCAGCACGUGCAAGCAGGGCCGUGACGGGGAGCCCGGAUCCUCGCCAGACGCAUCACCCCCCUCACUGUAUGGGCUGCCCCCCUCGGCCACCAUCCAUGACCAGGAUCUGUGCCCGCUGAACGGGUCCUCCCUGGAGAACGACGCUUUCUCAGACAAGUCGGAGAGAGAGAACGCCGAGGAGUCGGAAAACGAGAUUCAGGACCACAGCGGGAAGACCAACGAGAGCGGGAGCGCCUGGUCAGAGACCCUGGAGGGCCCCGUGCCAAGGGGGACCACGUACGUGGAGCAGGUCCACGAGGAGUUUGGGGAGCUGGGCCAGGCGUCCCAGGUAGAGACUGUGUCGGAAGAGAACAAGAGUCUCAUGUGGGUCUUGCUGAGGCAGCUGCGGCCGGGCAUGGACCUGUCCCGCGUGGUGCUGCCCACGUUCGUCCUAGAGCCCCGCUCAUUCCUCGACAAACUCUCUGACUACUACUGCCACGCCGACCUGCUGUCCAGGGCUGCUCUGGAGGGGGAUGCCUACAGCCGCAUCAAGCUGGUGCUACGGUGGUACCUGUCUGGUUUCUACAAGAAGCCCAAGGGGAUCAAGAAGCCCUACAACCCCAUCCUGGGGGAGACCUUCCGCUGCUGCUGGUUCCAUCCCCAGACCAACAGCCACACCUUCUACAUAGCGGAGCAGGUGUCCCACCACCCUCCCGUGUCCGCCUUCCACGUCAGCAACCGGAAGGACGGCUUCUGCAUUAGCGGCAGCAUCGCGGCUAAGUCCCGGUUUUACGGGAACUCGCUGUCGGCCCUGCUGGACGGCAAGGCCACACUCACCUUCCUGAACCUGGCAGAGGACUACACCCUCACCAUGCCCUACGCCCACUGUAAAGGGAUCCUGUAUGGCACCAUGACCAUGGAGCUGGGCGGGAGAGUGACCAUCGAGUGUGAGAAGACCAACUUUCAAGCUGAGCUGGAAUUCAAGCUCAAGCCUUUCUUUGGGGGCAGCACCAGCAUCAACCAGAUCUCGGGGAAGAUCACGUCAGGGGAGGAGGUCGUGGCACGUCUCAGCGGGCACUGGGACCGAGAAGUGUUCCUCAAGGAGGAGGGCCGAGGAAGCAUGGAGCUCUUCUGGAACCCAAGCGGGGAAGUCCGGGGGCAGAGGCUGAAGAGGCACACGGUGCUGUUGGAAGACCAGACAGAGCUGGAGUCGGAGAGGCUCUGGCAGCAUGUCACCAGGGCCAUCGGCGAGGGCGACCAGCACAAGGCCACGCAGGAGAAGUCUUUACUGGAGGAGAUGCAGCGGCAGCGGACCCGCGAGCGCCAGCAGAACCUCGUGCCCUGGAAACCACAGCUGUUCCGGCUGGACCCCGCCACCCAGGAGUGGCGCUACCGGCAUGAGGACCGUAGCCCCUGGGACCCCCUGAAGGACAUCGCCCAGUUUGAGCAAGAUGGGGUCUUGCACACAGUGCGGCGGGAGACCAUGGCCCACCAGACCACCUUCCUGGGCAGCCCGGGGCCCAGGCACCAGGGGCCUGGCCCGGACCGGCGGCUCCGCAAGGCCAGCGACCAGCCCUCCGGCCACAGCCAGGUCACUGAGAGCAGCUCCACACCCGAGUCCUGCCCAGAGCUCUCAGACGAGGAGGAGGAGGAGGAGGAGGAGGAGGAGGAGGAGGAGGAGGAAGACGAGGGGGAGGGGGACGGCAGCAACUUCAUUCCCGGUGAGCCCUCCUGGGCCGGCUACUCUGCAGGGUGGGAGAGGCCAGAGAAGCACCUUCCCUGGGCAGGCAGCAGGAGCCCGUGCCCACGGUGUGGGAAGGAGGUGCGGCGGCUGCAGGCACUGCACGAGGCCAUCCUGUCGAUCCGGGAGGCCCAGCAGGAGCUGCACAGGCACCUCUCAGCCAUGCUGAGCUCCACGGCAAGGGCUAGGCAGGUGCCGGCGCCAGGCCUCCUGCAGAACCCCCGAUCCUGGUUCCUGCUCUGUGUGUUCCUGGCGUGUCAGCUGCUCAUUAACUUCAUCCUCAAAUGAGAGCCCUUUGGGGGCAGCGUGGGCAUCCAGCCCCACCUCUCCCUCCCAGGCACCAAGCACUUUCAGCCAGCCCAGGGAGGCAGAGAGAGCUAGCGAGCGUGACCACUGUGGACGGACGGGCCCACGGCGGCAGGGGGACAGCCGGAGGGACCUGGGGGGCCACACCGGCUCCUCCAGGGGAGGUGCUGACCUUCCCCGUGGGACCCUCCACCCAGUGCCGGCCUUAAUGCUAAAGCCAAGUGCAGCUUUCAUCAUGCCUCUUGCCCCCUGGUCAACUUGCCUGCUCUGCUCGUUCCCGGUCCAGCAGCCGCUUGUCCCGUGGGAGUGCCGGAGGUGGGGGUGGACGGCCUGCCCAGGCAUUGCGCGGUCACUCCCCAGCAGGGGUGAGUGGGGAGCUUUGGGUGAGCAAGCCGCAAGUCCCAGAGGUUCCCAGAGCCUCCUCUGUCCUGAUGCACAGGGCUAUCCUUCCUGAGAGCCUCCCAUGCUGCCGGGGUCGCGCUAAGAGGGGCCUCCCUCGGACUCUAGGGUAGACUGGAGCUACUGUGGAGAGAACAUUUGGAUUUUACUCUGCUUCUGUGCUGUGUGGACGGGAGCCCCACGAUACACCAAUGGCACCCACCCUCACCUUGCACAGCCUGGGCCUGCCAAGGGGAGUGGACACAGCUAUGCGUGCGUGGGCAGGGGUGCGCAGGGGGCGGCCGCACGGGCCCCAGCACUCCCUGGGAUAGGGAAGCCCAGGUCUGCCACUUUGCUGGGACUGAUGCACGGUCCUCCCGUUUUACACUUUUUUAAUAAACGCAAUUGCAAUAUUUUAGGCAGGCUGCAAGCAGCGUCUGGCGUCUCGCCUGUUUCUGUGUCAAGUGCCGCCAUGUGCGUGUGUGUGUGUGUGUGUGUGUGUGUGUGUGCAUGCGUGUGCACGCGAGCAUCUGCACAUGUACCUGUAGAUACACCCUGAGCCUUAAAACUAUGUGGGUGCCAUCGGGACCCAGCGUCCCAUUUUUCAGAUUUUGUAUCCACGUUCUUGUUCCCUGCCGGCAAUGUGGGGACGUGUCUGUGCCCCAGGCCUUGAAAUAAACGGCACGCGCACGCUCUGUGUUGUCUUCUUGGGGACUUCUGGCAAUGUGGGGGGCGGCUUCCCAGGGAGAGAUGCAAUGCCAGCAGGGGGCUGUCGGGAGGGACCCGAGGCCCUGAGGAUGGAGAGGAGGGAUCCAGGGGAGGAUGGGGGGCAGGGUGCAGGCACCCCCUCCCUCAGGGCCUCACCGCCUCAGCCCCUGGGCUUCAGGACAGGGUGGCGCUCGGGCUGGGCAGAGGAAGGGGCAGGUGGGUGCUGCCACUGCAGACCCUCUGGCUGCCUUGGGCAGAAUGGACUCCAGGAUUGGAUCGUCCCCGGAGAGCCGUGCCCCGAGAC